ACUCUGCAAGGGGUGAGGCAGGAAGGGGAGGAGUUGUUCGGGGCUCGCGCCUCUUGUAUCCCAACCGCGUCCCCUCCAGACUGAAGCUGUGAAGAUGAAGAGGCAGGGGGCCCCCAAGGAGCGGAAGCGAGUCCGUAUAGCUCCGGUCCAGCCAGAAAUGACAAAUGAAUUUCUUAUGGAGGUAUGCGUGGAUUCAGUGGAGUCGGCUAUAAAUGCAGAAAGAGGAGGUGCCGGCCGUAUUGAAUUGUGUUCUGGUUUGCUGGAGGGAGGAACUACACCCAGCAUGGGUGUUCUACAAGUGGUUAAGCAGUGUAUUCAGAUCCCUGUCUUUGUGAUGAUCCGACCACGUGGAGGGGAUUUCUUAUAUUCAGAUCGUGAAGUAGAGGUCAUGAAAGCAGACAUCCGUCUUGCCAAGCUUUAUGGAGCUGAUGGGUUGGUAUUUGGGGCAUUGACUGAAGAUGGACGUGUUGACAGCGAGCUCUGCAUGGCACUUCUAUCUACCUGCCGUCCUCUGCCAGUCACUUUCCACCGAGCCUUUGACAUGGUUCAGGACCCCGUGGUCGCUCUAGAAACCCUUUUGACCUUAGGAUUUGAACGUGUGUUGACCAGUGGUUGUGACAGCUCGGCAUUAGAAGGGCUUCCUGUGAUAAAGCAACUUGUAGAACAGGCAAAAGGCAAGAUUGUGGUAAUGCCAGGGGGCGGCAUAACCGAGAGAAACCUGCAGAGGAUCCUCGAGGGCUCGGGCGCCACCGAAUUCCACUGCUCAGCUCGCUCUGCCAGGGACUCGGGCAUGAGGUUCCGAAAUACCUCUGUUACCAUGGGAGCUUCACUUUCCAGCUCAGAAUAUUCCUCAAAGAUAACUGAUGUGGCAAAAGUAAGGACUUUGAGUGCCAUUGCAAAGAGCGUCCUAUAGGAGUAUCAGAAGCCCUGGGAGAGACGUGCACACCAGGCUAAAGAUUCAGAGAGGCUUGAUGUCUGAAGCUCUAUGACUCAGUUACUCUAGCUUUGCCCUUCUCUGGGCAGGUCAGGGGAUUGACCUUGUCAUACAUGGACCAUGGAGAAUUCUUCCAGGAGAGCCACAGUUAAUUGGAGAAGCUGCAGUCUCUUCAUCUGAUCAUUCUUGCCAGCCUUCUCCAUCAUCAUGACUAAAUGUAGCUGGAUCGAGACUCUGCCAUAGAUUUAGUCUGCCCAGUAAAUGGGAUUAAUUGAGAAGCUGGAAAAAAUUAAAUUCAAGAUUUACCUUUGAUUUGCCUUUGUGAAAUAAAAUUUUCACUUCUGUUA